AUGCUGAACAUUUUGGUACCGCAGCGACAACUAUACCUUAAGCUCAAGACGCUUGUCAACUGGUCCGAACAUGCGGAUGUCAUUCGAAACUGCGAAGAGAGUUUAGCACCAAAGAUUGUGACUGAUAAUGAGGUCAAAGAAGCACUGAAAAAAAUUAACACGUACAUCGAAUUGCGAAUAUUGACCGAAGAAGUACUUCCACCCGCCAUGAAAAAAUAUCGUGUGGCUGAUGGGCGUGUAACAUUCUGCGUUGACAAGGAAUUCGAGGUCGUGCUGACGCCAAAUGUCGCCGAGGAAAAUGUCUAUUGGGUCAUAUUGGACCUCAAGAUUCUAGUUCAAUCGGAAAAUGACAAACUCUGCAGUGAUGUUGAUCUGUCUUUACAUGAAAAUCAAAUUGAGCUCAUUAAAAAUUUUGCACAAUCGCUCCUCAUUCCUCCACCCAUUCAACAGCCUGCGGAGAAUUCGCUGCAGGGAAAGGAGAUGACCCCGAACAGGACGCCAAGACACCUUCCUUUAUUGAAGUUGUAUGAUUAUUUGCACACAUUAUGCCUGGACAUACAACUCGAAGUCUUGUUUCAACAGGCAUUUCGUUUACAAAAAACGCGUUGGACAGAUAAUCUAUUGGUGGAAAUGGAUCCCACUCACACAACCUUAAAAGUUCUUAAAGUGAUAAUAACGAUCUCUUACAACAGUCAUGUGAAGCUAAUGGCGCAGUCAGCACAAAUGCAACACUCACGCCGUUCCAAUGCUCCAUCGAACGUGACCAAGUCUCCCAUAAAUCACGAUGUCGUUGAGAUAUCGAUCGUCGAGGAAACGCCGAGCAAAUCUUUGAUACACUCCACGCGAUCAAAACUUUCGAAAUCGAGUUGGCUGAACGCCGCCUCGCGUGUCAAACCUGGUGUCAUCAACGACGCACAGGGACUUAAUUAUCCGCGCAAGUUUUUGCGAGCUCGUUGGAGUGGAUUGGCUGGUGAGAUUGCCAACACUUGGACCAUUCUGGAUUGGGAAUUUGACCCGGCAAACUUAAAUUUUGAACACAUAUUGUUACACGUCACGCAAAAGCACGCUGAGUCUAAUAUAAAGAGACUCAAGGAGAAACUUUGUUUUAAAGAAAAUUUGGAAAAAGACGUGAAAAUCGUAGAUGGACAUCGAGAAUUUCCCGAGGGUUUCCUGUCCGACGACUCUCCGAUAUAUGACAAGGUGGCGAAAAAAUAUCUGACGGUUAGCAGAUUAUGUGUGUGGUUCACCAAAAACAGAUAUAUCAAAGCAGGUGUGGACGUUCGCAGUGGUAGAAUCUUUAUUGAGGAGAGCAAUAGGAGUAUAGAAGAAUACAUAAAGAAUUGUGAGGAGAAGCUUAAUAUGGCACCAAAUCCCCUAAACACUGCCGUGGAAGCCUUUAGCAUGAUAAAAUACAUGGCAAUGAUGGAUCAAAUUGAGAAAGCAGCUAGAUACUUGAGAUUCGACAUCCAUCAUGGAGUGAUACUGCGAAAGGAAGACGUCAGCAGUUUGGGCGCGAAACAACCCACGUUUCUCCGCUUUCCCCAACAAACGGAUUAUUUUCUUAUUUGUGGAAUAGGAGAGCGAGAAAUAAAAUAUUGGCUUACUGUCUUAAGUCGAGAACCUCCGGUUAAAAGACAUCUGUUUGACAAGACUGUGCGAGAUCCCACUCACAGAAUUACUUUCAUUCAGCGGAUACCCUUGGAGGAUUUAAUCGUUUCAGAGCAUGAAAAAUUAGAUUCUAUUGUCGACAUGAUUGAUAAAGGUAAAUCGGUUGUGUACGAAAACGAGAAUUCCGAGAUGAAGGGAGGCGAGAUAGUUUCGGGGAGGCGUAAUUUUGAAGAAAUCAAUGGUAAAAUGGAAGACCUGGAAUCGUCACGCAAGAAGAAACAUGUGGAUUCCGCAGCAGACGCCCUCAUCUCAUACCACAAGAUGGAGGAACUUCUCAAGUCACACAACUUGUCAUUCACCACCAUACAGCCCGACAUCUCAAUGGAAUUUAUCGACUCAAAUACUCCUAUAUCAUUGAAUUCGGCAAUACCGGUUUUGAAAUUGGACAGAAAGCAGUUGUUGUCCAAGCUUCCCAUCGAAAUAGAUAAGGCCCUGCAUGUCUUUGGCGAUGUUUAUAUUCGUUAUGUCGCGUCCGAAAUUUCCUCAAGGUACGGUUUGGACAUAAUGGUUCAAGAUGACGACCAAACCUUAGUAUCGGACGCAUCACUAUCUUCCAACAUCACAAAAUUACAGCCGCUAUCGUUGUGGGAUAAACUCUCCAAAUCGGUGGUUGUCGAAGGGAACAAUGAUGCGAACUCGAUUCCCGUGGAGCGUUUCAUUUCCCUGACCGAGGGCAUCGUCAUUCCUAUCAAUGACUGUCAGAGCAUACUGAGAUGGCUAGAUACGCACGUCCGACAACUUGCAUAA